AUGCGUCCAAGUGAAAUACUGGCCUUGAUUGUCCAAAGAGUUGAGGAAAGGACAGAUGGGUUUGACAAGCCUUUGUGUGGUAAAACUGUUGGAGAGGUCUGUGAACCCAUUCCAGACGAUCAACCUUUACCUGAAGAUGAUCGCUUUUUAUACAGUUUCUUCAAGGAGCGUGUUCAUGACUACUGGGAUUCAGAACUUCCAUCUGAUGUUAUCACGUUAAAGGGGGCAAGCAACUACCAAGAAUGGCGUGUUAGCUGGGACGAGUACAUUGAAGCCUUGGUUGGUCGUAUUGAUAUUUUCAUUUUACACUACCAUGAUCAAUUCAAAGAUGAUUCCAUCGUUGAUUACAACACUUACAGGGGAGAAAAUUCCCACAAGUUGAAAGAUGCCUGUCAGUUGGCUGAUCGCUUCUUGAGUCAUGCGAUUAAGAAAAGCUUUGAUGUUGGGGCUUUCAGGGUAACCGGUAAUAUUGCAGGUCUUUGCUAUCACGAAAUCCUCAGCCAAAUCCAACUGAUUGAAAAGAAGGAACCCCACCAACUAAAAGCGGCCGAAGCUUACUCUUAUCUGAAACGAGUAAACAUCAUCGGAACCUACAAAUCGAAGCAGAAGCACUUCAUGACUUACGGACUGGAUUGGGUCAUCAGAGUCAUGUGUGACACUGUUGAUGUAACCGCAUAUGACCCUGACCGUGUAGCCAAAGUUUUCGAGAAAAUCGAGAAGGAGGUAACAAGAUACACCUACGAAAACAACACUCCUAAUAGCAGAUUUCGUUUCAGUCGGAAGCGGCAGCAGAUAAUGGAAGAUGAAGUGAGGCAGAUAUGUUUCGAAACUUUGAGUAACCCAGACAGACCCGGAUACCUUCCACAACGCAAAAGAGCUAGACAUGGUCACCAACAGUACCGCUCCAACAAGCAAAUGAGAGUUGGUGCUUGA